ACUUUUCGUACACAAAUCUCUCUAUUUGUUUGGGUUUGUUCUCACCAAUCUCUCACCAAACAUUGCUACUUGGAAAAAUAAAUAACCCAACAAAUCUCACAACGAAAAAUACACAGUUUUCUUGACCUCAAAACAAGAAAAGAAAAGAAAAGUGUGGAGAUGGAGAAUAGUAGUAAUCAGCAAUCGUUUUGGCAGUUCAGCGACCGAUUGAGAGUGGAGACGCUGCAGAAUAAUCUGUCGUUGAACGACUCGAUCUGGAGCACAAACUCUGUCUUCAGACAACGCAACGAAGAGCGUAGAAACUUGGACAUCGCCGCAGACAAGAACCAUAUCGAGUAUCUGAAUCAGAACAGCAGCAGCAAGACUUAUUCCGACAUCAACAGCUGGAAGUCGAGCUCCAAAGGAUUCGGACCCGUGGGCUCAAAAUCGAUCUCAACCGUCAAUCUAAACCCAACCGACAAAUUCAACGACACCUGGAAGUUCAACUCUGUUGACGUCAACGGUGAUUUCAACAAGGGGAUAUAUUCGAGCUAUGAUGGCUUCAACGUGGAUCUGAAGAACAAGGGUGAGGAUCAUCAUCACCAUCAGCAGCAGCAGCAUCAGAUCCUUUUGAAAGCAGGAGGAGGAGGAGGGAAGAAGAACAGAAAGAAUCAGAGUCAUCAGAAGAAGAACAAUAACAACAACAACAACGAAGAUGGUUUGGGUUUGGACAAGAGGUUUAAGACACUUCCUCCGGCGGAGGCUCUGCCGAGGAACGAGACCAUCGGUGGUUACAUCUUCGUCUGCAACAACGACACCAUGGAGGAGAAUCUCAAGCGCCAGCUCUUCGGGUUGCCGCCGAGAUACAGGGACUCGGUGAGAGCCAUCACUCCGGGUCUUCCUCUCUUCCUCUACAACUACUCCACCCACCAGCUUCACGGUAUUUACCAGGCGGCCAGCUUCGGAGGAACAAACAUUGAGCUCUCUGCUUUUCAAGACAAGAAAUGUCCUGGCGAAUCCAGAUUCCCUGCUCAGGUCAGGGCCAUUACUCGCAAAGUCUGUUUGCCCCUCGAAGAAGAUUCCUUCCGUCCCAUUCUCCAUCACUACGACGGCCCCAAGUUCCGCCUCGAACUCACCGUCCCUGAGGUGCUUUCUCUGUUGGACAUUUUUGCUGAGCAAAACCCUUGAUUUUGUUGGGAGAGUAAUAUAAUAAACACACAAAAUAUCCAGUGGUUGGUGACUUUAUUAUGUAAUAAUCCAGUAAAAAGAGAGAGAGAGAGAUCUACAUGCCCGAUUAUAUAAGGAAGUAGUAUUUGUCUCAAGAAGAUGGUGGUUCUUCUUCGGUUUUUUUUUUCUUUUAAUAUAUAUGUUUCUAAAGUAGUUUCCAUACAAGAGAGGAUCUAUGUGAAAUUAGAAGAUGGGUUAUUUUGGUCUAGGGGAUAAAAAAAAAUUAAUCUCCCACUUGUUUGUGUAAAGUAAAUAAAGUUUCAUGUGUAUACCCAAAAAUUGAGACCGAUCCGUUUAUGUAUAUUGUUCUUUCUUCCCA